CGGACGCGGACGCCCGGCGGAGCGCAGACCCGCGGUUAUGGCGCUGCCCCGGGAGCCCGCAGGAAGCUGGCCGGCCCUGGCCCUGACCUGGACCUUGACCCUGGCCCUGGCCCUCAGCCCGGGGGCGGCCGCGCCCUGGCCGGACUGCACGGGCGCGCAGUGCCCGCCGCUGGAGCACUGCAUCGAGGAGGCGCUGGCGCCGGGCGAGUGCUGCGCGACGUGCGUGCAGCGGGGCUGUCCCUGCGAGGGCUACCAGUACUACGAUUGCGUGCGCGGUGGCUUCCCCGAUGGCCGCGUGCCCGCUGGCCGCUCCUACCUCGUGGACUUCGGCAGCACCGAGUGCUCGUGCCCGCCCGGCGGCGGCAAGAUCAGCUGCCGCUUCAUGCUGUGCCCUGAGCUGCCCCCCAACUGCAUCGAGGCCGUGGUGGCCGCCGACAGCUGCCCGCAGUGUGGCCGCCUGGGCUGCGUGCACCGCGGCCUGAAGCACCCGGCCGGCCACACGGUGCACCUGGCGCCCUGUCGCGCCUGCCACUGCCCCGACGCCGGGGGCGCGCUCAUCUGCUACCGCCUGCCAGGCUGCGAGGGCAAYGCGUCGGAGCCCGAGGAYGGYGACAYCGAGCGGCCCUACGACGAUCCCUACAGCUACGACCAGGAGGUGGCUGAGGCGGAGGCCAGCGAGGCGGAGGCCGGGGCAGGAGGCCCCCCAGCGGCCCUGGGUGGCGGGAACCAGGCCCCGGCCACCCUCCAGGCCACCCCCUGGCCAGGCGCCCUGCCCAGGCCCACGGCAGCCGCGGCUUUGGGUCCCCCRGCGCCCGCGCAGGCCAAAUCCCGGAGAGUGAUCGACGACGUGGAGGACGGAGAGCAGGAGGCCCAGGAGGCCAUCGGGGAGCUGGAGGCRCUGCCCACCGCCGCCCCGGCCAGCCCCGGUCUCCGCGCCCCAGAGGUGGCAGCCGCAGCCCAGUUGGGGCUGGAGGAGAACCUGAUCCCCGAGGCCCAGGCCACCCCGCGCRGCUCUGCGCCCCAGACUAGCACGCCCCCGGGCUCGGACACCGAAGGCCACAGCCCAGAGCCCACCCCGCCCCGCGCCCCUGGGGAUCCCGAGGAGCCCAACGUGCCCCCACUUCCGGCCACUGUGGCCCYGGAGCAGCCCCAAGCGCUCCCCACCCAGGCUGGGCCCCAGUUCCCGCCGCAGCCGCCCCGAGUCCASGAGGAGGAGGACGUGGACCCCAACUCCGUGCACUCCGUCCCCAGGGCCAUCCCUGAAGGGUCCACCCGGGAGCUGGUGGAGACGUGCUGUGCGGCCGGGCAGCAGUGGGCCGUCCUCAGGGACGAGUGCGCGGGGAUCCCCGAGGGCACCGAGGGCGACGUCUGCAGGACGGCCCAGAAAUACUGCUGCACGUCCUACCUGAAGGAGAAGAGCUGUCUGGCCGGYGUCCUGGUGGCCAAGGAGGGAGGGCCCUGUGGGGCCGAGGACAAUGACACCUGUGGCGUCUCCCUGUACAAGCAAUGCUGCGACUGCUGUGGCCUGGGGCUCCGUGUGCGGGCCGAGGGCCAGCCCUGCGAGGCCAUCCCCGGCCUGGGCUACCCCUGCAGCCACGCCAUGCUGUCCUGCUGCGAGGGACAGGACCCGCUCGUGCCCGAGGUGCGCCGGCCCCCGGAGCCCGAGGCUGCGCCACGCAGAGUUUCAGAAGAAGAUCUGGCGAGCCAGGAGGCCCUGUCCCUGGGCCCAGAGGCGGAGAUGGCCAACAGCCUGCCYGGUGAUGACCAGGACGAGUGCCUGCUGCUGCCCGGGGAGCUGUGCCAGCACCUGUGYGUCAACACGGUGGGCUCCUACCGCUGCGCCUGCUUCCCCGGCUUCGCGCUGCAGGACGAYGGCCGCACCUGCCGCCCAGACGGAGAGUCCCCGCAGCAGGGGGCCGCCCAGGAGACCCAGCUGAACCCGGAGCCAGCCCAGGAGCCCCCCAACACUAUCCCGCUGCCCCUGCCGCAGCCCAACACCUGCAAAGGUGAGCAGGGGAGGGGUCCCCGGGGUCCUGGGGCCACCGAGACCUGUGGCUGGCACCCGCCCGCUAACGGCCGCUCUGUUUCCCUCCCGUGGCUGCGGCUAGACCGAGACGAGUGCCUGGCGGGCACUCACGAUUGUGGCCGGCGACAGUUCUGUGUGAACACCCUGGGAUCCUUCUCCUGUGUCAAUCACACACUGCUCUGUGCCCAGGGCUUUAUCCUCAACGCACACAGGAAGUGCGUGGAYAUCAACGAGUGUGUGACGGACCUUCAUACGUGCAGCCGGGGCGAGCACUGCGUGAACACCCUGGGCUCCUUCCGCUGCUACAAGGCGCUCACCUGCGAGCCCGGCUACGCCCUCAAGGACGGCGAGUGCACAGACGUGGACGAGUGUGCGACGGGCACCCACAACUGCCAGGCGGGCUUCUCGUGCCAGAACACCAGGGGCUCCUUCUACUGCCAGGUGCGGCAGCGCUGCAUGGAGGGCUUCCUGCAGGACCCCGAGGGCAACUGCGUGGACAUCAACGAGUGCACGUCGCUGCCCGAGCCCUGCCGCUCGGGCUUCAGCUGCGUCAACACCGUGGGCUCCUACACGUGCCAGAGGAACCCGCUGGUCUGCCGGCGCGGCUACCACGCCAACCAGGACGGGACGGCCUGUGUGGACGUGGACGAGUGUGAGACCGGGCUGCACCACUGCGGGGACACACAGGUGUGCCACAACCUCCCCGGGUCCCACCGCUGCGACUGCAAGCCAGGCUUCCAGAGGGACGCCUUCGGCCGCUCCUGCGUCGACGUGAACGAGUGCUGGGCGUCCCCGGGCCGCCUGUGCCAGCACACGUGCGAGAACACGCUGGGCUCCUACCGCUGCGCMUGCGCCUCGGGCUUCCUGCUGGCCGCCGACGGCAGGCACUGCGAAGAUGUGAACGAGUGCGAGGCGGGGCGCUGCAGCCARGAGUGUGCCAACAUCUACGGCUCCUACCAGUGCUACUGCCGCCAGGGCUACCAGCUGGCCGAGGACGGGCACACCUGCACAGACAUUGACGAGUGCGCUCAGGGCGCGGGCAUCCUCUGCACCUUCCGCUGUCUCAACGUGCCCGGGAGCUACCAGUGCGCGUGCCCAGACCAGGGCUACACCAUGAUGGCCAACGGGAGGACCUGCAAGGACCUGGACGAAUGUGCCCUGGGCACCCACAACUGCUCCGCGGCCGAGACCUGUUUCAACAUCCAGGGCGGCUUCCGCUGCCUGCGCUUCACGUGUCCCCCCAACUACGUCCAAGUCUCCGAAAUGAGGUGUGAGCGYGCGCACUGCCCCGACCCCGCCGAGUGCCAGGCGUCCCCCGCGCGCAUYACGCACCACCAGCUCAGCCUGCAGACCGGGCUCCUGGUGCCCGCGCACAUCUUCCGCAUCGGGCCCGCRCCGGCCUUCGCGGGGGACACCAUCUCGCUGGCCAUCACCCGGGGCAACGAGGAGGGCUACUUCGUCACGCGCCGUCUCAACGCCUACACGGGGGUGGUGACCCUGCAGCGCCCGGUGCUGGAGCCGCGCGACUUCGCCCUGGACGUGGAGAUGAAGCUGUGGCGCCAGGGCUCGGUGACCACCUUCCUGGUCAAGAUGCACAUCUUCUUCACCACCCUGGGCCCCUGAGCCCUGCUGCCUGCGCCACCUGCCACCCCAGAGUCCGCGGACUCAGUCUCCCCAGGUCCUGGCCUCUCCUGCGCCCGCCCAGCCCGGGAGGGAGGGAGCUGGUUAUGGAGGCUCUCAGCCGCAGGGUGCAAGGUCAAGGUCACUGCGGGGCUGGAGGGCAAGGCCCCGAUGCUGGACCCUGACUGAUGCACACACCCCAAAGACAGUGACCACCUUGGGGCUUCAGGACUCCACUGGAGGGCCUGGCCCCAGAGCUGACAUUCCAUUUCCUGUUCCACUGUGAUGAGUUCUGUCCUUUUUUUUUAAAAAAAAAAAUCAUUUUUAAAGUUUGUUUAAUUAUAAAAGUAGCCACGUUGUGAGGAACUGAGUAGCACGAAAGGAUCAUAAAGUUCG